ACAUCACUAGCGAUUACUCAAAAAUGCCAAAUGAGUGGCUGUGUAUUCUUUGAUUGAUAUAAAAAAUGGCAAAAACUUACGAUUAUUUAUUUAAAUUACUCUUAAUAGGUGAUUCUGGUGUGGGAAAAACAUCUAUAUUAUUUAGAUUUUCCGAAGAUGCUUUCAACAUUUCAUUUAUAUCCACCAUCGGUAUUGACUUCAAAAUACGUACAAUAGACCUUGAUGGCAAAAAAGUAAAGUUACAAAUAUGGGAUACGGCGGGUCAGGAGAGGUUCCGUACGAUAACGACGGCUUACUAUCGAGGAUCCAUGGGCAUAAUGUUGGUUUAUGAUGUCACUAAUGAAAAGAGUUUUGAAAAUAUCAAGAAUUGGAUAAGAAACAUUGAAGAAAAUGCUAGUGCUGAUGUUGAAAAGAUGAUUCUUGGCAAUAAAUGUGAUUUAGAUGCUAAAAGACAGGUUUCAAAAGAGCGAGGUGAACAAUUAGCAAUAGAAUAUCAGAUAAAAUUUGUAGAAACAUCAGCAAAGGACUCACUAAAUGUUGAAUAUGCAUUUUACACAUUAGCGAGAGAUAUUAAAGCAAAGAUGGAGAAAAAACAGGAGGCGAGUAACCCGCCCGGCAACAGAAGCGGCGUGCACCAGCUGAAAGACAGCGACCGGCAACGCAAGCCCACGUCCUGGCUCUCGCGCUGCUCGCUCCUCUGACGGCCGCGCACUCUCUCGCGCCAUAUACUCAGCCAUUAAAGCCAUGCUUUCACCGGUCAACAAUAUUGUUGUGGCAUAAAUCAGCAGUAAUGCUGCCCAUAUCGUAUUGCAAUCAAAAUUCCUUAAAAACUCAAAUAACCAUUCCAAAUACUGUCUCAUUCAUAACUUCACUUGAGUUUAAUACAUAGAAUUAAAACAUUAACUUAAGCCUCAAUAGCUCAACGGUAAGAGCGGUUGGACUCAUCACCGAGGGGUGGUGGUUCAAUCCUCACUCUUUUGGUCUAUUGUUGUACCCACUCCUAGCACAGUCUUUCCCGACUAGUUGGAGGGGAAUGGGAAUAUUGGCCAUAUUAUAAAAAAUAUAGCAAAUAUUCUUUUUUAAAAAAAAAAAAAAAUAUUUAAGAAAUUUAUCUAUUUUACUGUUAUCUUUUCUUGAUAAUUUGUUAACCGGUGAAUGCAAGGUUUCAGUGAGUGUGGGCUGUCUAGUGUCAACCCACCACUAUAUUUUUUGACCUACAAUUUUAACUGGUGCAACUCCACACGGGGAUCAGAAUUGCUUUUGUAUUUUUAUAUCUGAUCAUUAUGUUCCAUGGUUGUAAAAUUAUUUAAUUACCAGAACGUUUGCUUGUUCCAGAUCAAAAAUAUUACAGAUAAAAGCUCAGUUUGAUAAUAAUUUGCGAUAUUGGGAUUGUUUUGUAAAGUUUCAAAAUCAGUAUUUUUGUUUUUUCUUUAAAUAUAAUGCUGGGAAUAAUUUGUAAAUUCAAAAAUAUUCAAUGACAAUUCUUGUUAUUUAAUUAAGAAUUUUUUUUUUGGUAUUAUUGUUGCAAUGCAAUGCAAUGGUUUAAUGGAUAUUAUUAAUUCAAUAGAGUACUAUUAUUAGCUGUAUUUUUUUUUGCUAUUUUAAUUAAGAUUAUUAUAUAUUUUAAUGUAAUAUAUACCUACUACAUAUUUAAUUUGAAUAAACAGUGCUUUUUUAAACAA